AGUGCAUGGUCCUAAAAACCCAUUACAAUUACAGCACCAAACACUAACAAAGCCACCAGUGGAGCAGAGGACCGGAUACACUCAUACCCCCAAGACACAGUUAGAAGAAAAGCUCCGAAUUCCAAAAGCAAACCCGCAGAGACAUGGAAGUGGAGGGGUCAUCGAAGAAGAUGAUAGCAACACAGGCUGAGAUGGUGGAGGCUAAGGUCCCCAUUCCCUACAGAGACCAGUGUGCCCACUUGCUGAUUCCUCUCAACAAGUGCAGGCAAGCCGAGUUGUACCUCCCAUGGAAGUGCGAGACUGAGCGCCACAUAUAUGAGAAGUGCGAGUACGAGCUCGUCAUGGAGCGAAUGAUCAAGAUGCAGAAGAUCCGUGAACAACAAGAGGCCAACUCGAAGAGCGGCAAGAAGAGCCCCAUUCCUCUCAUUCCCAACACUGCCAAUGCUUCUUAGAGUUGACUGACGCCCACAAAUCCCAUUUGGGCAUCUAGAAAUUGCUCAGAUGUGGAUGCUUUAAUGUUUUUCACAGCUAUUGAUGGGAAGUUAUUUGAAAUUUCUUGUCCUGAGACAAAUGUGAGACUCAAAUUUGUUCAUGUUCUUUUUUCAGUUUCCAACUCUGUCUCAACACAUGGAAUAAAAUUAACAAUGACAUUUGGUGAUC